UUUUGUUUUGACAACGCAACAACAGUUUUUUUUUCUCCGUUUUGCUCUCUUGUGCCGCUUUCGUCGUGCAUUCGGAUCGUCAUCAUCUCUGCCUAAUUUCGAUUCCGCCCGCGAUUCAGCAGAAUUUCACUUUGCGGGUGUGAUCUAGAUUCGGGGCUAGGGAACGUGCCGCCGUGAUUUCACCAAUAAAUCGCGACAGUAAAAAUCAACCAAACCCGUUCGAUCGUUUUGGGUGUGAGGAGAUUCAAUCAAAAUAAUACAGCGAGCACCAGGCGGAGGCGGCGGACAAGAUGACGUCCAAGCUGGAGAUCAACGUACGGAGCUUGAUUGCCCAAUGCGAAGAACUUGCCUCGGUUGAUCAACAGGACUGGAGACUGAAGAAGUACAUCAAAUCGCUGGACACCAUGAUCUCAGAGCUGGAGGAUCAAUUUGAGAAACCGGAGGACAAGCUUAUCACAGAGUACCGCAAUCGAUGUGCCGAGCUGAAGAAACUCUCAAACUAUGUGGAACCGUCGCCCAAUUUGGAAAAGAAACGCUUCAAGUCGAAACUGAAGGCUUCGGGAGACAGCGGUGGCGAAGAUGUGAUGCGCGAAAUUCGACAGAUUCACGACCAAAAGUUUCAGAAAGAACUGCGCAGCGAACUUUUCAGUGGCAAUACGACCAUUCGGCGAAGGGCCGGACAAAAGGUUGCUGAAAAUCUGGAACAAACCGUGAAGCAGUACUCGGAUGUGCAGGAGAAGCUCGCCGAAGAUAUGCUUCUGUUGACGCGGAACCUCAAGGAGCAGAGUGAAAUUUCCAACAAGAUCAUCAAGCAGGAUACGGAGAAUCUGAGCAAAUCAACCAAACUAACAGACCAGAACAUGUCCUCACUGUCGACAGAGUCAGCAAAGCUACAGGAAAGCUCAAGCAAAGCCUGGAAGUGCUGGAUGUGGCUGAUGAUAGGGCUUGUCAUGAUGAUUUUCAUAUUUAUGGUGUUAUUUAUGAAAAUAAUGAAGAAAAAAUCCUACUAAGCGCAUUCUACCAGCCACGCUGCUGCCUUGACAUGCUUGAUGGACCAGUCCAGCAGCAGAACAAUUCAAAAAUUCCAACAGCCCCUGCCCAAUGUCUUUAGUAAUCUAUACAAUAUCCUCUGUGUUUUUACGUUUUGUUAGUCUUUUAUUUUUAAAUUAAAAAGAAUAUAAAUAAAUUUUACAAGUAUUUGCAAAAGCA